CGCGAAUGAGAGAGAGAGAGAGGGAGAGAAAUUACAGUGUCAAAAUGGAUAGAAGAAAAGACUAAAGCAGGAAAAUUGAAGGGAGAGAAAGAAAACCAGGAAACUGCUUUCGUUGUUUUAACAAAACACUGUUUUUUUCUUCUGUUUUCUUUUAUUUGAAAUCAAAAGCUUCAAACCAAAAAACAUUGCUGCAGAACUCCGUUUUCUCAUAUCUUUUAUCGACUAUCUUUCUUUUUUCAAAAUUUUCUUGUCUAUUUGAUUUAAUUUCAUGAAAAUUUUAUUGAAUUUGUAAAUUUCCAUUUUUUUUAAUUUUUAUUUCAUGGUUGUUAUGAAAUGUGGUUUCAUGUUCCUAUUUAUAAUUACUCAGGGUUUUGAUCUCCAUUUAUUUCAUCUGUGGGGCAAAUCCUUUAUUUGGUUUUUAUUUUUUUUAAUUAAUUUGUAUGCAUAUUAAUCAAGUUGGUUUUGAAUUAAUACUGCAUUAUUAAGAUUUUUUUGGUUGAUUGUUGUUGAAAUAAUUAAAGCAGAGCGAUAAUUCUCUCCCAAAAUUCUUGCCACUCAAAAAUGAUUUUGGAUUUUGAGUGUUGAAAUAAUAAGAAUUUUUUUUCAAUCUUUUUUUUUCCACAAUUGGGUAUACAAAUCUAGUCAUGGAUCAUAUAAUUGGAGGCAAAUUCAAAAUGGGUCGGAAGAUCGGUGGUGGAUCCUUUGGCGAGCUAUUUCUUGGGGUUAAUGUACAGAAUGGGGAGGAAGUUGGUAUAAAGCUGGAACCUGCAAAGGCCAAGCACCCUCAGCUUCACUACGAAUCUAAAAUUUACAUGCUUCUUCAAGGAGGAACGGGAAUUCCUCAACUCAAGUGGUUUGGUGUUGAGGGUGAGUACAAUGUCAUGGUCAUUGACCUUCUAGGGCCAAGUCUGGAAGACUUGUUCAACUACUGCAAUAGGAAGUUUUCCUUGAAAACAGUGUUAAUGCUUGCAGAUCAAUUGAUUAACAGAAUCGAGUAUAUGCAUUCGAGGGGUUUUCUUCAUCGUGAUAUAAAGCCUGACAACUUUCUAAUGGGCUUAGGACGCAAAGCCAAUCAGGUUUACAUCAUUGACUAUGGGCUUGCAAAAAAGUAUCGGGAUCUUCAAACACAUAAGCAUAUACCUUACAGGGAAAAUAAGAAUCUCACGGGCACGGCUCGAUAUGCUAGUGUGAACACUCACCUUGGAGUUGAACAAAGCAGAAGAGAUGACUUGGAAUCUCUUGUUUAUGUGCUCGUGUAUUUCUUAAGGGGAAGCCUUCCCUGGCAGGGCCUUAAAGCAGGGACAAAGAAGCAAAAAUAUGAUAAAAUCAGUGAAAAGAAGAUGUUAACUCCUGUUGAGGUUCUUUGCAAAUCAUAUCCAUCAGAGUUCAUAUCAUACUUCCAUUAUUGUCGAUCAUUGCGUUUUGAAGACAAGCCAGAUUAUUCCUAUUUGAAAAGGCUUUUCCGUGAUUUAUUUGUUCGAGAAGGUUAUCAGUUUGACUAUAUCUUUGACUGGACUAUAUUAAAGUAUCCUCAGCUUGGUUCCAGUUCCAGACAACUGCAGUCUAGUGGGAAAGCUGGUAUAAAACCACAACAAUCUGUCGAACAAACAGAGAAGGCUCCAGUGGUAGGACAAGAGAAUCGUGAUAGAUCUUCAGGUGCACUUGAAGCAUUCAGUAGAAGACUUGCUUCUGGUGUCGGACAGCAGGGUGACCGCUUAAAACACAGGACAUCAGAGGAUGCAUCAUCAUCUAAGGAUGCCCGAUCUUAUUCAGAAAGAGGUCGAACUUCUCGUAAUGGCAGUGUGUCAAAGAAGGCUGUUGCUUCGAGCAGCAGGUUAAGCUCCACUGUUGCAGGCAGUGAGAGUAGAUCAAGUUGGUUGUUCUCAAACAGUAGUCGUGUAUCUACCACCCACAGAAUUCAUUCUAGAGCCGAGUCCAAAAACUCCCAUGGCACUGCAACAAAAGACACUCAUAAUGAUCAGCUCAGAAGCUUUGAGAACCUCACCGUUGGCACAAACAAGAGCAAGCGAUGAACAUUAGUGCUAUACAUUUGGUAAAAAAUGGUGCUGCCUUAUUCAGGGCAAGUGAUCAUUUUCCAUUCUGCUUCGCGUAAUCACAAAAAAACCUAAAUUACAAUACACUUUGCCCAUUCGACAAAACUCAUAGACGCCAUAUUCAUCACCAUUCCCAAUGAUCUGUUCUGAAGUAGUUCUGUAAAUUCAUCAGGAAGAAGACACAAAUUUACCCAGAAACUGGUGGACAUUUGAGGCUAGUCUUCCUUAUAGGAUUGCAACUAUGGGUAGAAUACUGAGUGUCUGCAAUCUUCAUGUAGCAUUUCUAUUGCACUUGUAUGUCAGUGUACCUCAUGGGGUGCAAAAUGGCCUCAAAAUUAUCAGAUUUGAAUAAGAUUUGAGAAAUGUUUGCCUA